CCGCUGCAUCUUUUAUUUAAGUUUUUUCCAAUAAAUAAUUCGUUUUGGCAACAAUUUUAAGUGUUUUUGGUGUAAUGAGCAUAUAAAUUUAACUGCGCUAAGCAGCAUUAAACAACAAAGCGCACAAGUCAGCUCAAAUUAUUAAGUGGAUUCGCAUCAGCAGUCAUCGUCGAAACCUCAUCUCGCAAAAAUGCCAAGCGAAAUAAUUACGCUGCAGCUGGGGCAAUGCGGCAAUCAAAUUGGCUUUGAGUUUUGGAAGCGGCUCUGCUUAGAACAUGGCAUCUCACCGAGCGGCGUUCUUGAAGAAUUUGCCACCGAUGGCAUGGAUAGAAAGGAUGUUUUCUUCUAUCAGGCGGAUGAUGAUCAUUAUAUACCGCGGGCCGUGUUGCUAGAUUUAGAGCCGCGCGUUAUUAACACCAUUAUGACUUCUGCUUAUUCCAAGCUGUACAAUCCUGAGAACGUGUACUUGUCUAAACAUGGCGGCGGUGCCGGCAACAACUGGGCUUCUGGCUAUAGCCAGGGCGAUAAAUUGCAGGAGGAAAUCUUUGAUAUAAUCGAUCGCGAGGCAGACGGAAGCGAUUCGCUUGAAGGUUUUGUGCUUUGUCAUUCGAUAGCAGGUGGCACUGGGUCGGGAAUGGGAUCAUUUCUUAUGGAACGCCUGGCAGAUCGUUAUCCCAAAAAACUUAUCCAAACUUACAGCGUGUUUCCAAAUCAAGACGAAAUAAGCGACGUUGUCGUACAACCCUACAACUCGAUGCUCACGCUACGCCGCCUGACCACUGCUGCAGACAGUGUUGUCGUCCUGGACAAUACGGCUCUCAAUCGCAUUGCCUGCGAUCGUUUGCACAUACAAAACCCAACCUUUACACAGAUUAAUACUCUAGUCUCAACCAUAAUGAGUGUUAGCACAACAACUCUGCGCUAUCCAUCCUAUAUGAACAAUAAUCUCAUUGGCCUGACAGCGCCAUUAAUUCCAACUCCACAACUGCACUUUCUGAUGACUGGCUACACACCGCUGACCAGCGAUGCUAAUCUUAGCAAUCAUCAUAAUCCAUUGUCUUCGCACCAGGCCGUUAACGUGCGAAAGACCACCGUGUUGGAUGUGAUGCGGCGUCUCCUGCAGCCAAAGAACAUGAUGGUGUCCACAGGCCCGGACAAAACUAAUCAUCACUGUUACAUAUCAAUACUAAACAUCAUACAGGGCGAGGUGGAUCCCACACAGGUGCACAAAUCGCUUCAGCGUAUUCGAGAGCGCAAAUUAGCGCAGUUUAUACCGUGGGGGCCAACUUCUAUACAGGUGGCAUUAUCGCGCUCCUCGCCCUACGUGCAAAGCAGCCACCGAGUUUCGGGCUUGAUGCUGGCCAAUCACACGAGCAUUUGCUCAUUGUUUGAGCGAACUUUAAAUCAGUAUGACAAGCUGCGAAAGCGUGGCGCUUUUCUGGAUCAAUUUAGACGCGAGGACAUCUUUAAGGAUGAUUUGAAUGAAUUGGACGAGUCCAGAGAGAUCGUAGACGGCCUCGUCCAAGAGUAUGAGGCGGCAACACGCACGGACUAUUUGCAGUUUUCGGCGAAUAGGCGUGGUGCCAAAGCUGAAGGAGCAGGCGAUACUAAAUCAGAAGAUACCAAGUCGUUAAACAGCGCAGAUCUUUGAGUCAUUAACCCUUGUGCCAUUUAUGUGCCAUGGUCAAGAAACCAAGUAUUCAAAACUUGCUCGAAUAUACAUGUCUGUGUGUUUUUAAUUAUUUAUGAAUUAUUGACACGCAAGGAUUCUAAAUCCUUCAAGUAUUUAUACAGCAUAAAUUGUUUUAAGUAUCUUAUAUGUUCGUGUGUAUUUCUGUCAAUAAGUACACUGUCUGUAUUUAACAGUAUAAGACUUUUUAUGUUUGCACAUUUUUUCAUUUCUUACUAACUUAAAUGUUAAAAUAUUGCUCUAAUAAAGUU